AUGCAAGCCCCCGUCGCCGUUCGAUAUACCUGCGCUAAGGGACACUUUUACUCAGCUGAAAGCGCGUGUUACAUCGAUAGAGCGAGAGCAGUUGCAACAGGACCAGUGGUGGCAGAGGAGGGAAGGGAUGUUGACGAGGGGGGGGAGGAGGGGACACUGCAAAGUAUGGAGAAUGGGAAUCACGACGAGCGAGCUGUCAUCAGUUACCAUGCCAACCAUUCUGCGACUGCAACGUCAGCUACGGGGGCGCCGUCAGCUGCAGGCAGUCAUGCACCCGCUGCUGCUCCUCGUGCCGACCUUCUUGCUGCUCCUCCUGCUGCCACUACAGCCAUUCGUGCCACGGCUGCUACAGCCGUUGCGGGUCCUCAUGCGGCGGCCUCUCGUGCCCAUCACGCCACUGCACCAACUGUUCGUCAUGCCGCCGCCUCUUCAGCUGACAUCGUGAAUGCUGAGUCGAGCUCCUCCACACACCAGAGGCAGUGA